GGAAGAAGAAAAUGAGGACACUGCUGAGGAUUGUUCUGAAGAUCCCCAGUUUGAGAAGUUUGUAGUUGAACUUAGGAGGUGUUUCAAGAGGCAGGAAGCACAAAAUAAACAAAUGCAAGAAGACUUGAAGAAAUUUGUCCGUAAGGAGAUUCGUGCUGCCUUAGAUCCAAAGGUCAAAAAGACAGAACCAACCAAAACUUCCCAUGCUUCACAGGGCCCAAAUAAAUCGGUGGUUAAGGCACCGAUGAGUGUGACGAAGGCAUCUAAAAAGAUGUCUACAAAGAAAGUCUUCAAGUCUGGAACAAGAAAGUCUUCAAGGCUGAAGAAUAUAAUGACGUCAGUUGCGGAGAUUACUCAGCUUUCUGAUGGUAACUCUUCCUCUGAGGAAGAUGACCAGGAUGAAGCCAACAAUGAAGGUGGUUUUUCUGUAAAUGAUGGAGGAGAUUUUUCGAACAGAGACGAAGGUAUGGUUGACACUGGAGUAGCUAACAUUUCAGUUGGUGGACCUACACCUUCCCAUCAGGAUGAAGGAGCACGUGAUGGUGGUGAGUCUGUCCUUGUUGGUACACAGUCAGGGACCGAGGAAAAAGCUAGUGCUGACACAGAGAUGGAAGAAAUUCCAUCUUUUGUACCUUCAACCUCUGUACAGGUAUGUCUUGUGCUAAUAGUCACAUACUGUUUUCCAUAAGUGUACGCGUAUCAAUUAUUUUCAGUUCUCCACGUACAUAUAGCUUAAGAAGUGUAUGGUAUACUAUGUUUUAGG